AUGCAUAAGUUUUUCGUUCAAAUAUAUAUCUUCGUGUUGAUCAUUUGGGCUGUGGAAAAGUCUGAUUGCAAACAAGGAGCAGCAUGCUUAAAUUAUGGUCAUUCGUGUUGGGGAGCUCAUGGCAAGCGCAAUGUCCCAAACGACCUAGACAGUUUGAUAAGAUAUCGGAUGGCUGUUUUUAAGAAAUCGGGACACAGAGACUCGUACAUAAAUCCAAACGCAGACCAAUCGCAAGAAGAUAUUCCAAACUAUUACAACAUUUUCAAACAUUAUUCGAAAAUAAAUUCAAUGAAAACAAAUAACGAUGACACCGUUGACACCUGGAGCCUUGAGCCGAGCAAUAACUUACCUAGCGGUGGGUCGUACUACGAAGAUCAAGUCUUAGAUCCCAGGAUUGAAUAUAAAUUAUGGUAA